UGCUGUUUUAUUUUUUGACAUUUCACUAUUUUCGUAUUUUCUUAAAUGGGAAAAUGAUUGCCUUCAGUGGAACAGAAUUUAUAUUUUCACAGAUAGUAUAGAUAACUCGUAAUCAUGUUAAAUUUGUGGACUUUGAUUUUUUACACGUUUCUGCCUGUUACUGGAUCAUUCAAUUUUGAAUUCCCUAACAUCGAACUUACAAUAAUGGUAAAACCCCGCGAACAGGAAUGUUUUUACCAAUAUGCUUUGCCAAAGCAGAUCUUGCGCUUUGAAUACAGGGUAAUUGAUGCUGAUUAUAGCAGAUAUGGCGUGGUUAGUGAACUCAAGAUAAAUUUCUAUGUACGAUCACCGGAAAAGAAAACUGUGCUGAAAUAUAUAAAAAAGUCACAUGGUAUCGAAAAAUAUGUAGUAACCGAGGCCGGAGAUUAUGAAAUUUGUUUUGACAAUCAUUUCUCCAAAUUUUCGACAAAGAUCGUGUAUUUUGAAAUCACGAUUGAUAUUACAGCUGAAACUUAUCGAUGGAUGGCGAUAAAUGAGUCACUGCUGGCUGAUAAAAGAAAUAAUGGAACUAUUACUCUUUUGAGGAGAACUGCAAACAAGGUAAAAGAUGAUCUGGAAACUAUAAAGCACUACCAAGAUACAUAUCGUGCCGUAGAAGCGAGGGAUGCCAGCAUUCAAGAAAAAAAUCUGACUAAAGUGAAUGCAUUGUCUUCACUUACAACUGCGUUCAUAAUGCUCUUUGGUUCAAUUCAUAUAUUUAUUUUGAAAUCGAUGUUCAAUCCAUCUACUGUACUAUACAAAGUGUUCAAGAAAUUGUGCUAGAACAACUUGAAUCAAAUAUAUACAUUUAGAGAAUAAUGCUUAAGCUGGAAAAUAUACUGAAGGUUAUAAUUAACAUAUAUUUGGUUUAUAAAGUAGCUCAUGAUUAAAAAAUAUAUACAUA